AUGGCUCUGAACAAUUGUUCCCACCUGAACUUGGAAGUGGACUCUUUCCUGUACUGCAACAACACCUUCAAUCAAAGUCUGAAUCCCCCCAAGAUGGACAACUGGUUCCACCCCGGAAUCAUUUAUAUCAUUCCUGCAGUUUAUGGGAUUAUCAUCGUGAUAGGCCUCGUUGGCAACAUCACCUUGAUCAAGAUCUUCUGUACAGUCAAGUCCAUGCGAAAUGUGCCGAACCUGUUCAUCUCUAGCCUGGCUUUGGGAGACCUGCUGCUACUGGUAACAUGUGCCCCUGUGGAUGCCAGCAAGUACCUGGCUGACAGAUGGCUUUUUGGCAGGAUCGGUUGCAAACUGAUCCCCUUUAUUCAGCUUACCUCGGUGGGGGUGUCUGUCUUCACACUUACGGCACUGUCUGCAGACAGGUACAAAGCCAUUGUCCGGCCAAUGGAUAUCCAGGCAUCACAUGCCCUGAUGAAGAUCUGUCUCAAAGCUGCCUUGAUCUGGAUCGUCUCGAUGCUGUUGGCCAUCCCAGAGGCUGUGUUUUCUGACCUCCAUCCUUUCCAUGUGAAAGAUACCAACCAAACCUUCAUUAGUUGUGCCCCCUACCCACACUCUAAUGAGCUGCACCCCAAAAUCCACUCUAUGGCUUCCUUUCUGGUUUUCUACAUUAUCCCACUGUCAAUCAUCUCUGUUUACUACUACUUCAUUGCCCGAAAUUUGAUUCAGAGCGCUUACAAUCUUCCCGUGGAAGGCAAUAUACAUGUCAAGAAACAGAUUGAAUCCCGGAAGCGACUUGCCAAGACAGUACUGGUGUUUGUGGGCCUCUUUGCCUUCUGCUGGCUCCCCAAUCAUGUCAUCUACCUGUACCGCUCCUACCACUACUCUGAGGUGGACACGUCCAUGCUCCACUUUGUCACCAGCAUCUGUGCCCGCCUCCUGGCCUUCACCAACUCCUGUGUAAACCCCUUUGCCCUCUAUCUACUGAGCAAGAGCUUCAGGAAGCAGUUCAACACUCAGCUCCUCUGUUGCCAGCCUGGCCUGAUGAACCGCUCCCAUAGCACUGGCAGAAGUACCACCUGCAUGACCUCCUUCAAGAGCACCAACCCGUCAGCCACCUUCAGCCUCAUCAACGGAAACAUCUGUCAUGAGGGGUAUGUCUAG